UUUUAUUUGACAUCUUCUGUCAGUGAUUGUUUUAAUAUCGUGAAUGUUGUGUUGAUAUUCCAAACAACACAACUCGAUUUCCUUUCAUACUUUCGUAAGCGAUAGGAUUUUACAGAAUCAAAAAUGCCUACGGAACACAAGAAAACUAAACUCAAGGCAAACGUUGACAUUAAAGUAGAAGGUGGUCAGGAUUUACACCCGUUGGGUCACUACAUAGAUGACAGAGUCGAGCUCAUUCGUCAGAUUUUCAUGAGCUUGAAAUCGAAGACAAUCAAAUCAAUUGCACCCGAUUUUCUGCAGGGAAAAAGUUUGGAAACGAUUCAAGAGUACUGUCUGGAUGAGUUGCUUGGAAUUUCGAAGAAGCGAUUGCAAUCAAUCAUCAAUUCCACUCAGUGUCCAGAUAAUACUGACAGUUCAGACUCGGAUGUUGAAAAUAUUGAAGAGCACAUAUCGCUGGAGGAAAUAUCGUCAGAUUCUGCUGACGAGGCGUUGCGUGCGAAUAAGUCUAAAGGGAAAGCAAAAGCAGCAGAUAACAAAAAUGGCACAACUGAGGCUUCGGGAUCAGGCAAAAAAGAAAUUUCUGUGCUGGAACUUCUGGAGCUGCAGGCUCGCGCACGUGCAAUCAGAUCUCAGUUAGCUCUGGAACCGGUUACUAAAAUAGAAUUGGAUUCCGAAAACGAUUCCGAUGGCAGCUCAUCGGCUAAAGCCGGUAAGAAUUCAACAGCCACCACAUCUGACAACAGCAAAGAUCAAACGAAUUCCGCGUCGAAGAACACUGUUCAAGAUACCAAUGGCAUGCAAAUCAUUAAGCCAACGGUUCCAGCUGUGAAACCAGUACGACUAAAGCGAAACUUCCGACAACGGCAAAACGAGGAUUACGAUCCGGAUGAAGAUGACGAUGAAACGAAAUCGGUAGAUAACACUGAGCCGAAGGAGAAAGAUAAGAAAUCGGACGAUGAAAAGAUCGAUGAAAAAGACGAAAAGAUUGUGGAAAGUGAAGAAUCGGUUGAAAAGAAGCGUGAUGCACCGGAACGUAGCCCAUCGCCAGAUCUUAUACCGAUAAUUCAAGAACCGGAAACCUAUUGCAUUUCCAGUGAUUCGGAUGAGCCGGGCAGCUCUAGCGUUCCUAAGUACAUUACAUAUCCGACAGUUGUUCGUGAAAAAUUGCCCGAAACGGAAGACGAAUUGUUUUUGAAGAAGAUCAAGGAGGGAAGUUCGGUCGAUUUGAGAGAUUUGAUAAAAGCUAGACGAGUGGACAAGCAUACAGAGAGCGGUGUUGGUAAUAGUGAGACUCAAAUUGACACGUCCAACGAUACGGUCGAAAGCUCAACGCAAGUUAUAUCGUCGUCAAACAAAACGAAUGAAAAAUCUCCGCUGAACACAAACGAAACGCAGCAAGUAGAUAAAGAUGCAGAACCGGAGGAGCCAGAAGAAGGUGAGCUGACCGACGGCGAUGAUCAAGACGAAAUGGAAGCGAAUCAAAUUAUGAUUCUAUCAUCGGAUGACGAGACCGAAGUAAACUCUAAAAAGAGCGAUAGAAGAACGGUGAGCCGAGAGGAGGCUACUAGUGAAAAGGUGGAUGAUGAAACGUCUUCGGAAAGUUCAGACUCCAGUUCCGGUAAUGACUCAGAUACUGAUAGCUCAGAUGCUCCAAUAUUCAAAGAAGCAGACGAUGACGAUGACAUCAUCGACUUGGGAAAAGAUGAAGACUUGGACUUUGAGGUGGAAAGCAGUGAAACGAAAACUAAAAAAUCGAAGAAAACAAAAAAGAAAUUGAAGAAUGCCGUUAAGUUGGCUGAAGCAGUACCUGGUACUGUGGAAGAGGAAGAGAUAAAAUCUGUCGAAGAAGCUGUUGCGGCUGAAGUUUCCAAUGAAGUAGUCAGUGAAAUAGCCGAAGUAUCAGAGUCGACUAAUGACAAUGCAGCGUCCAAGGAAGAAGAGCCGUCUACAGCUGAAGAUGCUGCAGAGAAUGACACAUGGCAAACUCGUUGGCUACGCGGUCGUAAUGUUACAAAGGUAAUGGCUACGUCACGUCUAGCGAACAAGGUUCGAACAAAAAUUAAACAAAAGAAAUCCAAACCGGAACCGGAAACAGUUAAUCAAGACUCUAACGACGUGCCGGCAACCGAAACUGUAACAGUCGGUCCACCGGUGGAGGAAGGCAGUGUACAACACUAUGAAGUGUUGGCAGCCCAAGAAACUGAUAACAAGAAUGAGUGAAAUAAAAUGUUGCCAGAGCAAUUGCAAAAGCC